AUGCUGGACGACGGUGCCCAGACGGUCCUUGGGGGCUCCAACCCCGGAUCCCUGCUAUCGUCGAACCCGAUCUCAGCAUUCCACUCCCCCAAUUUGCAGCCCUUCUGCGGCGACGUCGAGGGCUGGGGCCCCAUCAGCAAAAUCAGAUUCGACCUGACCCCCUGUUUUCUCGAUGCUGGAGUCGCUGUCGUUGCCGCCUGGGGUCUCCUCAUGGGAGCCGGCGCCCUCUGGUACCUGCUUAAAAAGCGAAUCCCCCAGCCGGUGUCCAAGAACUGGCACUUCUACACGAAAUUGGUUGUCCUCGCCGCCUUGAUCUUCACCACUGCUCUGCAGGCGGCGAUCCAGGCCGAAACAUCCCCCCAUAUCUUCUUUGGUGAUUUCCGGUUCUGGAGCUCGGUCCUGGUGCUCGCUUCUCUCUGCGUGAUAUCCGCGGUGCAGUACUAUGAACACUGGCGCAGCAGGCAGCCCAAUGGGGUCGUUCUCUUCUACUGGGUCUUCUUCGCCAUUGCCUACGGUGUCAAACUCCGGUCGCUCGUGGCGCAGCACGCAUGGGAGGACCAGCUCCCAUACUUUGUCUGCUUCAACGUGAGCCUGGGGCUGGCGCUGUUGGAGUUUGUGCUGGAGUACUUCGUUCCCAAGAAGCAGAGCGACUAUGAUGCGUUGGGCGACGAGGAUGAAUGCCCCUAUGAAUACGCGGAUAUCUUCUCGGUCCUGACGUUCAGCUGGAUGACCCCGAUGAUGAAAUUUGGCUACAGCAACUACUUGACCCAAGAUGACCUGUGGAACCUGCGCCAUCGCGAUUCGACUGCCGUCACCGGCAAUACGUUGAGGGGCCAUUGGGAGAAGGAGUUGCAGAAGAAGAAACCUUCGCUGUCGUGGGCGCUUAUCAAGUCAUUUGGUGGUUCCUUCUUGCGAGGCGGUAUCAUCAAGUGCGGGAGCGACAGUCUGGCCUUCGUGCAGCCGCAGCUCUUGCGUCUUCUGAUUACCUUCAUCAAUUCGCAGGCCAGUGACGAGCCUCAGCCGAUCAUCAGGGGUGUGGCCAUUGCUCUGGGCAUGUUCCUGGUGUCCAUCUCGCAGACCAUGUGUCUCCAUCAGUACUUCCAGAGAGCCUUCGAUACCGGCAUGCGCGUCAAGUCUGCGUUGACGGGCAUGAUCUACGCCAAGUCCCUCAAGCUCUCGAGUGAGGGUCGCGCCGCCAAAACGACUGGCGAUAUUGUCAACCACAUGGCCGUUGAUCAGCAGCGCUUGUCCGAUCUGACCCAGUUCGGUAUCCAGCUCUGGUCCGCGCCGUUCCAGAUCACCCUCUGCAUGCUGUCGCUCUACCAGCUCGUCGGAUACAGCAUGUUCGCGGGUAUCGGUGUCAUGAUUCUCAUGAUUCCCCUGAACGGCGUGAUUGCCCGCAUGAUGAAGAAGCUCCAACUGAUUCAGAUGAAGAACAAGGAUUCGAGAUCGAGACUGAUGACGGAGAUUCUCAACAACAUCAAGAGCAUCAAGCUUUACGCAUGGAACACCGCUUUCAUGAACAAGCUCAGCCACAUUCGUAACGACCUGGAGUUGAAUACCCUCCGCAAGAUUGGCGCGACACAGUCGGUUGCCAACUUCACCUGGCAGUCCACCCCGUUCCUGGUCUCGUGCUCCACAUUUACCGUGUACGCCCUGACGCAGGACAAGCCGUUGACCACCGACAUCGUGUUCCCAGCCCUGACCCUCUUCAACCUUCUAACCUUCCCACUUUCCAUCCUCCCCAUGGUCAUCACAGCUGUGAUCGAGGCUUCGGUUGCUGUCAGGCGUCUGACGGAAUACUUCACUGCCGAGGAGUUACAGACCGAUGCCGUCAAGUUUGAGGAAACCGUGGCCCAUGUUGGCGAUGAGUCUGUUUGCAUUCGGGAUGCUUCGUUCACCUGGAAUCGGUACAACGGAACGCACGUCAUUGAGGAUAUCAACUUCAGUGCCCGCAAGGGGGAGCUCAGCUGUAUCUUGGGUAGAGUCGGAGCUGGAAAGUCUUCCUUGCUCCAGGCCUUGCUGGGUGAUCUCUGGAGAACUCAGGGUGACGUGGUCGUUCGAGGCCGCAUUGCCUAUGUUGCUCAAGCCCCCUGGGUUAUGAACGCGAGUGUCCGUGAGAACAUUGUCUUUGGCCACCGGUGGGAUCCCCAGUUCUACGACCUCACGGUGGAAGCGUGCGCCUUGAUUGAUGACUUCAAGAACCUCCCCGAUGGUGAUCAAACCGAGGUUGGUGAAAGAGGUAUCUCCCUGUCUGGAGGACAAAAGGCUCGCUUGACCCUCGCCAGAGCUGUUUACGCCCGUGCCGAUAUUUACCUGCUCGAUGAUGUUCUCUCCGCCGUUGAUCAGCAUGUGGGACGGCACCUUAUCAACCGAGUCCUUGGACCGAAUGGUAUUCUCGGUAGCAAGACCAGAAUUCUUGCGACGAACGCCAUUCCUGUCCUGAAGGAGGCGGAUUUCAUCGGUCUUCUGCGCAACAAGACUAUCAUCGAGAAGGGAACCUACGAACAGUUGCUGGCCAUGAAGGGCGAGGUUGCCAAUCUCAUUCGGACCAACCUGAACGACUCAGAUGACGACGACUCUGGCAGUGAAAGCCGCGAUUUGGCCAGUCCCGAGAGCUCGGAAUCUGCCACGGUGAUCGACAACGCUUCUGACGCCUCAGACCCGGAAGAUGCGGAGAAUGAAAUCGGCGCGCUUGCUCCGAUCAGGGCCUCUGGAGAGAGAAGAAAGAGCACGGUUACUCUACGACGUGCCAGCACUGCCACUUGGAAGGGCCCCAGGCGCAAGCUAGGGGACGAGGAGAAUGUGCUGAAAAGCAAGCAAACACAGGAGACGUCCGAGCAAGGAAAAGUCAAAUGGAGCGUGUACGGCGAGUACGCUAAGAACAGCAACAUCAUCGCUGUUUGCUUCUACCUUGCUGCCCUCCUGGGAGCUCAGACCGCGCAGGUCGCUGGUAGUUUCUGGCUUAAGCAUUGGUCUGAGGUCAGUGAGAAGCAGCCCAAUCUUGGUGUUGGUAAAUACAUCGGUGUCUACUUGGCUUUUGGCCUGGGGUCGUCGCUGUUGGUUAUUGUCCAGAACCUUAUCCUCUGGAUUUUCUGCUCUAUCGAGGCCUCCCGCAAACUCCAUGAACGCAUGGCCUUUGCAAUUUUCCGCUCUCCUAUGAGUUUCUUCGAGACUACACCGUCUGGUCGGAUUCUUAACCGGUUCUCAAGUGAUAUCUACCGUAUUGAUGAAGUGCUUGCACGGACGUUCAACAUGCUGUUCGGCAACUCGGCCAAGGCCAUGUUCACGAUGAUUGUUAUCGCCUCCUCGACUCCGGCUUUCCUGAUUCUGGUGAUUCCACUGAGCUAUGUCUACUUCAGCUACCAGAAGUACUAUCUCCGCACCUCGCGUGAGCUGAAGCGCCUGGACAGUGUUACCCGGAGUCCCAUCUUCGCGCACUUCCAAGAGUCUCUGGGCGGUAUCUCUACUAUUCGCGCGUACAAGCAAGAGGAUCGGUUUACUAUGGAGAACGAGUGGCGCAUGGAUGCGAACAUCCGUGCCUACUUCCCGUCCAUCAGUGCCAACCGGUGGCUCGCAGUGCGCCUCGAGUUCAUUGGCUCCAUCAUCAUCCUGGCCUCGGCCGUACUUUCUAUCGCGUCCGUAGCGACCGGCAGCGGACUGUCUGCUGGCAUGGUCGGUCUGGCCAUGUCGUACGCUCUUCAGAUCACCCAAUCUCUGAACUGGAUCGUGAGACAGACGGUCGAGGUUGAGACCAACAUUGUGUCCGUGGAGCGGGUGCUAGAGUACGCAAACCUGCCCAGCGAGGCGCCGGAGGUGAUUUUCAAGCAACGGCCUGCGAUUGGCUGGCCGGCGCAAGGCGCGGUAUCUUUCGAGAACUACAGCACACGGUACCGCGCUGGCCUUGAUCUGGUGCUCAAGGAUAUCAAUCUUGAUAUUAAGCCCCACGAGAAGAUUGGCGUGGUUGGGCGGACAGGUGCAGGCAAGAGCUCGCUGACUCUAGCGCUCUUCCGCAUUAUCGAACCGGAUGGCGGCAAUAUCAGCAUCGACGGGUUGAACGUUUCGAAGAUUGGCCUGUUUGAUCUGCGGGGCCGGCUGGCCAUCAUUCCUCAGGAUCCGGCGAUGUUCGAGGGUACCGUCCGGGAUAAUCUGGACCCCCGGCAUGUGCACGACGACACCGAACUCUGGAGCGUCCUUGAACACGCGCGACUUAAAGAGCACAUCUCGCAAAUGGACGGACAGUUGGAUGCCCAAAUUAUGGAAGGAGGAUCCAAUCUCAGCCAAGGGCAGCGCCAGCUGGUUUCUCUUGCGCGAGCGCUGUUGACGCCUAGUAAUAUCUUGGUGCUUGACGAGGCAACGGCGGCGGUGGAUGUGGAAACGGACGCAUUGCUGCAACGCACGUUGCGCAGCAGCAUCUUCCAAGACCGGACGAUCAUCACCAUCGCGCACCGCAUUAACACGAUCAUCGACUCGGAUCGCAUCGUGGUGCUGGACAAGGGCCGGGUGGCCGAGUUCGACACGCCCGCGGAGCUGAUCAAGAGCCAGGGCAAAUUCUAUGAGCUGGUCAAGGAGUCCGGACUCCUGGACAGCAGCGACGGGCCUGGACUGACGCAAGCGUCCUAG